AAAGCUAGACUAUACAUGUGGCAAGCAAAGCAAGCGACUAAUAGGAGAAGUCAUUUCUCACCAUGAUGGAUGAAUGAUUCCGACUUACCACAGUUGUAACCCUAACUUGUGAAAAAUGGAGCAAGAGAGAGAAAAGAAAUGAUAUGCCAAAAACACGCUCCCGCACCUGUGAUGUAAUCUGUCUGUGUGUUUGUGAGGGAGUUAAUGGUGUUAUUGAGUCGUUGGAAAGAGCAGAGAGACAGAUGGGUCGGGUGGAGGGCGUGAAGGCUUUAUAAGAGCUCGCAAAUUAUGAAAAACAACCAGAAACUGAAGUAGGAGAUCCAAAGACAGAUUCAGCUCAUCAGACAGAUCUGCUGCAGUCAUGUGUGUUGCCCUUCACUGUGUGUUUCUCUGUGUUUCUCUAGCACUCGGUGCUUGUUAUGAUUCUCAGGAGAGCCAGGAGUCAUUUGAGGCAUUUGUGAAUCCGUAUCAGGCGAAUGCUUUCAUGAGGAGUCCACAAGAGUCCAUCUACAACCAGUAUUUCUACAGGAGGAUGAAGUCUCCAGCCGAGCGUCGGGCCGAGAUCUGUGAGGAUUAUUCGCCCUGUCGUCUGUUCGCGAUGCGCUAUGGAUCUCCGAUGGCUUAUCAAACGUACUUCAGCGCUCAGCAGCUCAAGCCCAACCCACAUCAGCGUCGCUACUGAGCCCCGCCUCUACGUUUGCAUACGACCAAUCAUGCUCUUCAUUUAAAUAAUCACGUACAGUUCGAUUAAGCCCAGACACCUAUCCACAUAUACAUGUCCUUCUGUGUGUCAUGGGUUUGCUACUAACCUCCUCUCGCUCUCUGAUGAUGGGCUGGUGUGCCCAGAUAUUUACACAAAACUGACAACUGUGCUUUUGCUUAAAUAUUCACAAUCUACAAUCAUGAUGGCACAUGUAUUUCUUGAUAAUCUGCAUUUCUUAAUAGAUACAAAAAAAAGAGUAGUCACAUGACAAUGUUUCCAGACAAUGUGAUGCAGCAGUAAAUCUGAUCACGGAUGUUUACAUUUGUCUCUGUUUAUCACAAUUAAACGUCUGCAAACCUGAAA